UGUGUGUGUCUUGAGCGCGAGGCAGGGGUUUUUGUCUCGCGGGGGGAAGCACUCUGUUCUUCAGAGGGCUCGCGCACACCGGAGGAGCAGCAGCACGCGGCAGCAGCAGCAGCCCCCGCGAGAGGAAAGUGAUUUAAAAAGCACCGACCGUCGCCUUGUGUCGCCCGUUUCCUCCACCACACCGCGUCACUUCUGCGGCGUCACACUCUGAAAAUUAUCGCAACAUUAAGGCAGAAGUGAAAGGCACCAUGGAGGACCAGCUGCUGUGCUGCGAGGUGGACUCCAUCAGGAGAGCCUACCAGGACGUCAACCUGCUCAACGACCGGGUCCUCCACACCAUGCUGAAGGCAGAGGAGACCUACCUGCCGUCGCCCAACUACUUCAAGUGUGUUCAGAAGGAAAUUGUUCCUAAAAUGAGGAAAAUAGUUGCUACCUGGAUGUUGGAGGUCUGCGAGGAACAGAAAUGUGAGGAGGAGGUUUUUCCCCUGGCUAUGAACUAUUUGGACAGAUUUUUAUCAGUGGAGGCCACCAGGAAAACACGACUACAGCUGCUGGGAGCUACGUGCAUGUUUCUAGCAUCCAAGAUGAAGGAGACUGUGCCCUUAACGGCGGAGAAACUCUGCAUCUACACGGACAACUCGGUCCAGCCUGGAGAACUCCUGCAAAUGGAGCUGCUGGUUCUCAACAAGCUGAAGUGGGACCUUGCUUCAGUCACACCUCACGACUUCAUCGAGCACUUCCUGUCCAAGCUGAAGAUCUACCCGUCCACCAAGCAGAUCCUCAGGAAGCAUGCCCAGACCUUUGUGGCGCUCUGUGCUACAGAUGUUAACUUCAUCGCCAGUCCUCCGUCCAUGGUGGCGGCAGGCAGUGUGGUUGCAGCUGUUCAAGGUCUCUACCUGAAGAGCCAAGACGCCUCCUUGUCCUCCCAAAACCUCACCAACUUCCUGUCGCAGGUCAUUCGCAGUGACCCGGACUGCUUGCGGUCAUGUCAGGAGCAAAUCGAGUCUCUGCUGGAGUCCAGCCUGCGGCAGGCUCAGCAGCUCAGCAGCAGCACAGAAACCAAACGUGUGGACGAGGACGUGGACCUGUCCUGCACGCCGACAGACGUCAGAGACAUCAACAUCUGAGACGACGGAGAGCUAUGUAACACCAAGACCUGACGAUCGAGGGAAAGUUGUGGAUAGGUGGUGGUGAUGGGAGGGCUGGGGGGGUGUGCCUCCUCUGAACUCAGCCUCCCCUCCUCCUCCUCCUCAUCCUUCUUCCUCCCGGUGGGCUGCUAUCGUGGCCGACAUGUCACUCGCAUACAUGCUGUCUGCUACGACUGCCGAGACGGGACAGAGCGCCCCCCGCCCCGCAACAACACCCCAAGUCACAUUUCCUGCCAGUGUCCCCUCCCAACCUGGGAAAUGAAAUGAACACUACAGAAGUGUAGCGGAGAAAAGAGACACUGAUGAGCGCCGUGGGCUGGAGCUAAAGCCACAAACAAACAUUUUACUAGAUAUUUUUUCUUAUUCCCACAAAUAUUAAACUAGGAAUCUUUCAAUUACCGCAGAGUCAACCUGCCUACUAAAACAUCCCAAAGUGUCGUGUACAGUAGGUUUGUAGUUUGUCGUCAUCUGAAUUCUGACAUUUACUAAUGAGAAGAGGCUUUUAUUGUUUUCAUUUCUUUUCUGUUGUAUCUACAAUGUGUUAGACUUCCUGUCCAAGCUGCCAUGUUUGUCCUGUUGCAGUGCAGACACUCACACAGAUAUACCCCUGCUUGCUUAUGUUUAGUCACUUUAAUAUAUAUCAUGUUAGAGUUCUUUAUCAGUUAGUGUUAUACCUCUUUUCUUUUGUAAACCAAGUGUAGUGUGAGACGCUCUGUGUUUGUGACCUGGUGACUGUGGGUUUCUGAUGUUCAGGUGUGGACAUGAUGACAUUCACUUUACCCACCUCACCUUGCUGCAGUUUGAUGAGAUCAAAUGGAUGCAGAUGCAAGCGGAGUCCACAGUCUGUGUGUUUUCUUUCUCUGUGUAGUUCAACCUGAAACCAUUCCAACUUUGUUUUCUAAAAGAAGCACUUUUGGUCAGCACUGCUGGCUCGUCUAAAAAAAAUCACAGUUUGAAAAACAAUAUGAAAACAGAGCCGGGGGUCUGAGCAGGAGUCAUGUGGUCAUAGAGUCAGAGCAGCACCUGGAUCUGAUUCGUCUGAUGGGACAGAGACCAGUAUGACAGAGAAACAGGACUGAAUGCUAAGUCUCAUGGAGCCAGUGUCUCGCCGUCACCGCCGUUCAAGUCUCAGAUCUGAGUUUUAGUUCGACAAAUGUUUCACACAGGCAAAGCCUCUCUCUCAUAUCAUUGCUUCAGUUCAACCUCAGUGUGCAGAGCCACAAGCUUAAGGUCCAGGGGUAAACAUAAAAAGAAGUAUUAUUUUUAUAUUGAAAAUAAUACUUUAUUUUUAUAUAGUAUUAUUUAUUUUUUUAGCGUGCAUUUUGUAGUUUGAUAACAAACUGUGGCUCCACCUACUGAUGUUGAACUUGAGCAGUGAGGUCAUUUCUGCCUCCAGAGCAGCCCUGCCCUCCAGAUGUAUUUGUGAAGCUAAAACUCCAGUCUGCCUGUAAAUCGCCAGGACAGCGUCUCCUCCAGUGCUCCAGCUCAGUUCACAUACUGCUCAUGGAUUCUGGGAUGGGGAUGAAGCUUAAAAAAAAGAGGAGUGUUGAGGCUAUUGACGUGAUUUUGCACAAACCUAAAAGACGUGGGUUGCGUUUCUUGGGGACUUGCCUAAAAAAAAAAGUGGAGCGCAAAGCUGGCAAGAGAACCGAGGGGAGAAAAGGCGGCAAAAAAGUGGCAAAAAGGGUGAAGGCUCAACAGCGAGGUGUGUCUUAACCCUGUAGAGUUCAAAUCAGGGUUCCUACACAGGCCAGGGCCGACGUCAGGAGCAGGUAGAUGUGUAGGGGGACUCUUCAAAUCACACUCUAGAGGAAGGACCGAGUUCUGUCCAACUGUGUAGGAACCCUGUUCAUUAGGUUUCUGAUUGUACAUUAAAGGAUAGAGAGUAGGAGAGAAACACUCCUUGUAUUCCGCUGCUAUAGAAAGUAAAUCCCAGCUACGUGUUUUAAAAAAAAAAAAAAAAAGAAAAAAAAAAAGAUGACAGACGUAAUGGAUUAAAAUCAAUGCUUUUCUCCUGUUUGCUGCUAUAUUUUUGGAUGUUUUUAUACAUAUAAAUGUCAAUAUACUGCUAUUCUAGGUUUGAAUUUUCUCAUAGAAAAUUGUGUUAUUGACAUCCUCAUUUGUUGCUUUUAUGUAGAUUCUAUGUGAUCAGUUUUUUUUGGUUUGUAAUUACGUUAAUAUGAUUCUCCGUACUAUUCCAAAAAAAACAAGGAAAAAUGAGACAAUGUACAGAAAUGCUUUGAUCCACAAUACCUCAUGUGACAGUCAAGAUCUAUCUCUAAUUUGUAGUCUUUUUAUUUGUUUAGUUGUUAUUCUAUUCUACUUGUUGGUUCAGUGCCUACUAGCUCUGUUAAACCUGCUUGAGAUGAAGCAUCCGUGAUGGAGAGCCGCGAGUCCAGGGCAUGCUUUGAUACUGGUGCCAUAACAGAAAAUGGGAUAUGUAUAACUCUGUUGAGUGUUAAGCUGUCUCGGUGAAAGAGACUUUAUCCCCCCUUUAGGCCCAUAGUGGCCUUCCUUCCUUCCCCCUUUUUAUAUUUAUAAAAGAAAAAAAGCUUUGUGCUCCAAGUUUCAAACUGUCAGUGAGUUGAUUUGAGUUUGUACAUAGAUUCAGUGUCAUACUCAGUAAGCCAUAGACUGUUUUUGUUUUUACAAAUCAUUCCACACAGUUGUGUCUACUUCAUGCCAGUUGUCUGCAACUGGAACAAACAGUGUAUUACUUGUGUCGACUACACAAUAAAACAUGUUUUAGAUGUA